AUGCAUGCCGCCAUCAGAAUGAAACCCGCCGUCUCGAGAACUGUGACCCUAGGCAUCAGGCCAUAUGCCUCCCGCGCCAAAGGGGCUCGCCAGGGUGCCAAAUCGGCGGCCUCGUGUCUGAAUCGGACCUCGGAUCAGCAGGCUCAACACAUGGAGUUCACCUCCAACAGAUCCAUCUUUGGGCCGUCGACACAUACAACCGGUACUACCGCCAACCGCCAUUUCCCUUCGUCUGCUGCCUCUCCCAUUGACGAACGAGCACGCUCUUUCUACUCUACCGUGAUCUAUCACGGCCAGACUCCCAAUAGCGACUAUGAGUUUGACGAAUCCCAAGUCUUUGGCAGCGAGGUCAAGGUCAACCCGACGCAAAGCGAGGCCAACGUGGCUGCGGACAGAGGUGACAUCGAUCCUCUUCCACAGGGAAUGCAUCAGACCAUUCUGAUGGGGGCUGGAGAGGCAGGAGGACGGCCGACCGAGGCCGAGGAGGAUGUGCAUGCGGAUUUGUACAUGGAUGACCCGUUGCGCGGAAGAAAAUACUGA